AUGGAGGUCGAAAAGCCAAGCCACAGCCCAGACAUUACCUCCAGAGCUUCAGCCAGCAGCGCGGAGAAGGCACCUGCCACACUACAAGGCCCAUCUACCAUUGACGAGAAAGCUCUACUCAGAAAGAUAGACAUACGCGUAAUACCUAUCCUCUUCAUCAUCUACCUCGCCGCCUUUCUAGACCGCGUGAAUAUCGCCAACGCCCUCACGCUCCGUCUACCGAAAGACCUGCACCUCAAAGGCAACGAGUCCAAUGUCGCCCUCACCAUCUUCUUCGUUCCCUAUGUUCUCUUCGAGGUUCCUUCCAACAUUCUGAUGAAAAGGUUCAAACCUCAUGUCUGGCUGUCAGGGUGCAUACUGGCUUUUGGCAUCGUGAUGCUAUGUCAAGGCUUCGUGCAGAGCUACAGUGGACUUCUUGCGACAAGGUUCUUUCUAGGUCUCGCUGAGGCUGGAGUGUUUCCGGGCUGUUUCUACUUGAUCAGCUUCUGGUACAAACGCGAAGAAUCCCAGCGACGUUUCACGGUGUUUUGGAGCUCUGUUCUGUUUGCCAGCAUGUUUGGAGGUCUACUUGCCAGUGCUAUCGCCAACAUGCAGGGUGUCCGCGGCUACAGCAGUUGGCGAUGGAUAUUCAUACUUGAGGGUAUAGCGACAAUCAUCAUCGGCAUUGGUGCGUACUUCCUGGUCGCCGACUUUCCGGCCGACGCCAGCUGGUUGAGUGCUGAAGAAAAGGAAUUUGUCAUCGCAAGGACUGGGACGGACGAGGGAGCCGCGCCUCCUAUCACGGUCCGUCAGAUCGUGUCAUUCUUUGGAAAUGUUAAGAACAUCAUCGGUGGCUUCAUGUACUUUGCCGUCAUCGUCCCUAUAUACUCCUACUCCUAUUUUGCUCCGACAAUAGUCAAGACGCUUGGCUACUCGACCGUGGAAACCCAAUUGCAUACGGUCCCACCAGCUGCCGCUGCGCUAGCCCUCUGCCUCCUUUCAGCGUACCUGUCCGACCGCCUCCGCCUCCGUUUUCCAUUCAUCUUCUUCGGCUUCUUGCUCACCAUAGUAGGCCUCGCAAUCCUACUGACAACCCACGGGGGUUUCCAUCUGCGAUACCUAGGCAUCUGUUUCGUCGCAAUGGGCUGCUUCUCCGCCGGUCCUAUAAUCGUCUGCUGGUACGUCAUGAACCUGAACGGACACAUGGAAAGAAGCAUUGGCAGCGCGUGGAUGAUUGGUUUCGGGAAUACGGGCGGGUUUGUGGCAACUUUCUGCUUCCUAGCGAAAGACGCUCCCUUUUACCACAUAGGUUAUUCCAUAUGUAUGGGAGCGACCUGCAUCGGAGCGCUGGCUGUUGUACUGUAUGCAGGGUUGGUCAUCUUGGAGAACAACGCCGCGCGGAAACGAGAUGGAAAAGAACACGCGAACAAGAUGUACCUGUAG